AUGACUGCUGCCAAAUUAGUUCAAAGUUACUUUCAGCAGCUAACACGCGGCUGUGGAAACAGUCAAUGUCUAAAUAUUUAUUGUUCAUCGAAUUUAUCAUUUAAAUAUGAUCGAAAACUUUUCGAAGAUCCAAAUAAUGUUGCUGCUGAAGCAAUUAAACUCGCACAUGACUAUGGCUUAGCUUAUUUAGAUGAAUAUAUGAAUUCAAAUUCGUUUCUAAUUGAAGAAAAUCUUCAACAGAUAAUUAUGAAAUGUAAAGAACUAAACAAUUGGGGAUUACUUCAAAAAUUAAUUUAUUCUGUUUUUUCUAAUCGACAAAAUCUAUCAUCAAGUUUUUUACGGAAAGGUUUUCCUAUCAAUAGUUCAACAAAUAAUGAUAUUUCUUCAUCGAAAACGGCGAGUGCCACAGCUAAAAGUCACUUCCUACAUGACUCACGUAUAACACUCGAAAAUAAUGAAAUUACAUUAGAUUUUGAUUUAAUGAAACGUUCUAUAAAAUUAUUAAUGUCAUAUGAAGAUGAGGUAUCAGUAACAAUUAAUGAUGCAUUAGGUGCUUUAUUUAAACAAAUCGAUAAUGAAUUAGCAUUAUCAAAAAAAGCUGAACUUGAAGAUGAUGCUAAUUUCCUUAAUAUAUUCUUUAUUGUAUUUCAACUACCAUAUCUAUCAGAUCCAAUAUGUAUAUUUGAUACUGCUUAUACGUUCUAUUCAAUUUUCCCUAAAUUAUCAAUUGAUAUUCAAAUGAAAUUCGUACGAAUUUUAGCCAAACAGAAAACUGAUUUAAACUAUUAUGUUUCACAUGUACAACAGUAUAUUACUAUGCAUACAUUCAGAUGGUGUGAUCAUACAGAAAUUAAUACUACAAAUGAAUCAUUAUUAUCAAGUGAAAGAGGUAUGCAUGAAGGAUUGUAUGUAUUGCGCAUACUUUUCUAUGCAAAUCUUCUUGGUGGUGAACGUCAAAUACUGGAAAUCAUUGAAACUGAGCGUGAAAACGAUCAACGUAUGGAAGUUGAAUUAAUUAAUCGUCGUCAACGACACAACGACGAUGAUGUAGGUGAUGAUGGAAAUCAUAAUGAACAAGGGCAAAAUCAACAACAACAACAGUCAGCUGAACAAGGAGAGAAUAGACCAGAAGCUGCAGCGACUUCUCCCUUACGUCAUCGAUCAACAAGUUUCACAAUGCGUACAUCAACGAGUGAACAAGAUGAAAUUGAAUCUCUCUAUGAAAAUCCACUACAAAUUAAACUUGGUCUUGAACCAAAUGAAUAUCGUCGUGGUUAUUUACCAUUUGACAGUUUUAUUAAUGAAUUUGCUAAUGAAAAAAUCGAGAUUAAUAAAGAAUAUCUUGAUUUUGUUCGACAAAGACCUGAUAUUCUUCACUUUUCAUUUAUUUUAUAUCCAUUUUUUUUAUCUACAAUCAACAAAAUCGCACUUCUCAACAUCGAAAAUAAAGUACAAAUGUAUCGACAACGACAUACAUCAUUUUUUCAUAGUAUAUUCAGCGGUGUUCGUCUUGAUCCAUUUUUUAAAAUAUGUGUCCGACGUGGUCAUCUUAUUGAGGAUGCUCUAAUCGCUCUCGAAUAUCAAGGUAUCGAACAACCAGCUGAACUUAAAAAACAAUUCUUUGUCGAAUUUGACGGCGAACAAGGUCACGAUGAAGGUGGAUUAUCAAAAGAAUUCUUUCAACUUAUCACUGAACAAAUCUUUAGUCCUGAAUAUGGUAUGUUUAUGGCUGAUGAAGAAACACGUUCUCUAUGGUUUAAUCCGUCAGCAGCUGAAGAUCUCGAUCGUGAAUAUACUUUAAUUGGCAUGCUAUUAGGUUUAGCGAUCUAUAAUUCAGUUAUUCUUGAUAUUAAAUUUCCACCUAUUCUCUAUCGAAAAUUGAUGGGUAAAGUUGGAACUUUCGAAGAUCUUGAAACGUCACAUCCGACAAUUUAUAAGAGCUUAAAAAGUCUUUUAUCAUUUGAUGAACAGCAACAAGGUGAAACGAUUGAAAAUGCGUUUGGUUCAACAUUUCAAGUUGGUAUUACUGACGCUACUGGUUCACGCGUUGUAUAUGAUUUAAAAGAAAAUGGUGAAAAUAUGCCAGUAACAAGUGAUAAUCGACAGGAAUUUGUACGUCUUUACAGUGAUUUAAUAUUAAAUAGAAGUGUUGAAAAACAAUUUCAUCCAUUCUUUCAUGGAUUUUUAUUAGUAACACGUGAUAGCUCAUUACGAAAACUUUUUCGACCCGACGAAAUUGAACUACUCGUUGCUGGUAGCCAAGUAUUAGAUUUUAAUCAACUUGCUACAGCUGCCGAAUAUGAUGGUGGCUAUUCAAAGGAUAGUCCAACCAUUAGAAACUUUUGGGAUGUCUUAAUGAGUUUUACUGAUGAACAAAAACGAAAAUUUCUUCGAUUCACAACGGGUAGUGAUCGUGCACCUAUCGGUGGUUUAGCACGAUUGAAAUUAAUUAUAUCUCGAAAUGGUCCUGAUACUGAUCGUCUGCCGACAGCUCAUACUUGUUUCAAUGUUUUCCUUCUUCCUGAUUAUUCAUCCAUUGACAAGCUACGAGAAAAACUAUUAAUUGCAAUCAAUAAUGCUGAAGGAUUUGGUCUACUUUAA